AUUCUCCGUUGGAUUCUUCAGCCAUCGUGCUAAUCACUUUGAAUUUUUUACGGAUGCAAAAUUAUCUUUUGAUGUAAUGCGAUUUAUUUGUGGUACCCCGCACGAAACAAGAUGACAGGAAUUUUGCGAGUACGACAAUGAGUACGGCGUGACCACAGCUUUCGGCUGCCUCGACAGCUGUCAAAUAGCAACUCCCAAAUUAGAUGCAGUACAAUUAAUUAAAAUUCUAUGCACGGUGUACGAUGAUUGCCCUAAAGGUGAUUUUGAACAGUCGCUUGAUUAUAGUGAGCACAUAAAUGCGGUCUUCAGUAAGUGUUAUUCUGUCGAGUGCGGUGCCUGACAAUAAGAUGUCCCAGCCAGACUAUGAGCAAACAGCUCAUGAUCAUGCAGCGCUAUUGCUGUUAUUGAAACCGAUUGGGACUCAGAUCAAACCGAAGACUGUUUUAAAAAUCAGUGAAAGGAUAAUAAAAAGUGGCAGCAGAUUUACAGUAUUAGAUUCAACAGGUACAACACGUGAAAUACUGGCAAGAUUUAUUAAGGAUCAUCCAGUUGAGAACAGUGAUUGGGGAGAGUUCCAAACCCACAGAAGACUGCUGGGAUUAAUUACAGUUGGGAAAUACGAUUGUCAAACAGAGUUGGACGAACUCUGUAGGGUUCAUGAAACUCAAAAAGUCAAAUAUGACAGUACUUUAUAUGAUUCUAGAGCUAUACUUUUUGGGCCAGUUGAAUCAGAAAAGCCUAAUGAACCACCAGCAACUUUUACAACUCCAUCAAACUUCAAGACCACGGCACUGUUCUAUGCUGAUGAAACUUGCCUGAACCUCGAGGCUCAAAUUGCAGAAUUACUGAAUUCACUGUUCUGGAUUUUGGAGUCCAAGCGAUUAGAAAGAUCCAGAGAAAAAGUAGAUCGCGUGUCACUUCUUCUAGCACCGUUUGAAAAAAAAGAUUUCAUAGGGCUUGAUCUUGAGUCUGGCAAUAUGAGAAAGAGAUGCGUUGGAAGAAUGACAAAACAUCUAGGAGAUCUUUGUCUCCAAGCAGGCCUCCCGGCUGAUGCCUUGUACCACUAUAAUUCUGCUGCAAAUACUCUACAGGCAGUGAAAGAUUGGCUGUGGCUUGGUGCGGCCUAUGAAGGACAGUGUGCUGCCUCUGUUUUAGUGUUAUACCCAAACAUGUGCCGUAGUCUUCCAUUACAGAGAAAUUCGUCUCUGCAAGAAGGCAGCCCAGGAAAACAGAGAAGAGGAUCUCAAGCUGUGAAUCCUUUGCCACCAUCCCCGAAUCUAGAAGCCAUCAGGGCAGAAAUGCCUCAUAUUUUACCACCUGAAGAAAUUGCAAAGAAAUACCGAGAAGCAAUAGUGCAUUAUAGUAAACAUAAAAACGCAGGCAUAGUUGAAACCGAAGCCAGUUUCAAGGCAACUAGAAUUUCUAUUGAACAAAACUGUACUUUACAAGCGGCAUCUUUCCUUAACAAUGUUGUCUUCAUCAAUUUGACACUCAGUGAACAGGAAAAAAUUCAACGGUUCACUACUUUAUCAGAACUCUUUACAGCGUUUGGAUUUACACGCAAAGCCUCUUUCUGUUUACGUCUAGCUGCUACCAGACAUGUUUCACAAAAUAAUCCAAAUCCAGAUUGGCAGCAAUGUUACAGUUUAAUGCUUCAAGCGGCCCCAGGGCUCAAGCUGUGCCUGGAUCCUAUAGAAAUGCCUUCAGAUGGUUUAAGAGGAUGGCCAGCAUUGCAAAUUCAAUUGAUACAAGAACUGGUCGUUGCUGCAAAACGUAUGGGAAAUCCGGCACUAGCGACUCGUCACAUGACCUUCUUGCUUCAAACAAUGUACAACCAUAUGAGCCCUGUCGAACGGAAGGAAUCGGCCCUACAACUUCAAGCUGUUUCGCAGCAGUGUGAAGGAGCCCCAGUGCCACUUGUAUUGGAUUCGGGAAUGGUCAUACCACCAGCAAAUCUGACAAAUAUUCCAAUAACAAAAUCAUUCACUCUUAAAAAUCUCCAACCGCAUCUACAGCCACAAAAAAUUGAAAGAAUCAAAGAAGAUCACGGCCCUUUUUUAUUUACACCCAUCAAUUUUGGGUCUCUGGAACGAAAGAAUACAUCAAAAAGUAAAAUGGAUUAUCUCUGGGUGGAAGGUGAUAUUUGCGAGGUUUCUAUGCAGCUGAUAAACCCUCUACCAUUUGAGCUCCAUGUGUCAAAUAUGCGUCUUCUCACUAGUGGGAUAGUGUUUGAAUCGAUACCAGAAACAAUAACAUUAGCUGCCGAAUCUGGCCCUAUUGCGGUAACUCUGGCUGGCACACCUAAGGAAAUUGGGGACCUUGAAAUACUUGGCUUUAGUACUCAUACCUUAGGGGUAAAGUCCAACUGCAGAUUGAGGCACAUGGACGGAAUGCCUCACCCACAAUACACGGUCGAAGUUGUACCUGCUCUUCCAAAAAUUGACGUCUCUACAAGCUUGCCGCAAACGGCAAGUUUCAGUUCUGGCGACAACAUAGUCACGAGCGCGAGUAUCUCACUCUAUGGCGGAGAAAGUGCAGAAUGUACAGUUACUUUAACGAACGUGGGGCUGGUUCCCAUCGAGAUGAUAGAAGUGUCCGUGCAAUCGGGACUUGAUACUUCAACAGAGGAUAAAAUCUUCAAAUGGAGUGAUGAAAAUUUGCAAACUCAACUGCCCCUUGCGCCAGGAGCUAGCGCAAGCUUAACUAUCUACUUAUAUGCUGUCACCAACUUCAUUGCUCCAACUUCUAGAAAUGAUCUCAGCAGCAGCACUUAUUUGAGUCAGCCAAGUAGCUUGAUGUCACAGUCUGGUCCAAGUUCUUUACCAUCUCGUUUGAGCUCUCCGUCUCAUCAUACAAAGAGGCAAUCAGAAUUAACAUCAUCUUUUCGUUCUGGACUAAGCUCUCAAUCCGGGCAUUCUUCUCUGGCGAGUACGCGUCUAUCCAAACUAGCGGUACCCCUUCAUGCUUCCAACAUCAUUGAAGGCCAAUUGAAGCUCAAAUAUUCUGGGGGAGGUGGACUAUCUACCGGUUACUGUCGAAUAUCCUCAGUUUUUAUAACUAUCGAAAUGUUACCCAGUGUACAAAUUACCAGCUGGGAUGUGCUCCCUGCAGAAACGUCGACACAAUUCUAUCUAGUAUUGGAUGUAACUAACAUGACGAACCACGAAAUGGAGUUGCAUUAUACCCAGAGCAAGUGCAUAUACAUGGAGGGCCGAGAACCUUGUAGGAUUCCUGUACCAGUCAAUCGAUGCCCACUGAAUAAGUUAUCUUCACAUAAGGAAAUCAGCGAUGUGGAACUUGAAAGAGUCUGUUCGGAACACAUAGCUUCGUUGGUCGAUUUGAGGUGGCAAUUAUUGGGCACAGAAACGACUGGUAAAGCUACGCUAGCAGGCAUUACUUUGACACAGGACAUGUUAGACCUGGUUAGGAUGAGCCCGUUACAAUGGGAAAUCACAAUCAAUGAUUCACCAGUCAAAGCGCAAGAGGAAUUGACUUGUGGCUUGGGUGAAUGUAUCAGCUUAAAAAUUGGCGUGUGUAACGCAUUGGAAAGACCGCUCAGAGAUCUCAGACUUUCAAUUAAUUUUUAUCAAGACCACCACAAUGGAGUAAACAAUUACAGAUUGGAUACAAAACUCUCAACAGCUGGUGCAAGUAAAGUGAUGCUGCCUAUGCUAGAGGAACAUGGCCGUGCACAUCAUGAGUGUCGAGUAGUGUUUUUUACCGCAGGCCAAUAUAAAGUAGAUAUUCAAUGUAGCACCAGUGAAUCAGCUCCAGGAACACCGACUUUAUGUUCUGAACUCAUGAAUGCUGGCCAUACAUGGCGUUACAUUCCACCUAUUGAAAUAACCAUUGAUGACUGCUGAAAUUCAUACAUUAACUAACUAGGAAUGUAUAUAAACUCCAGUGUGAAAUACUUAAAUGAAUCAGUCCAUUGAUUAUGCUAAUUGAAAAUUUACUGGACAUUUAACUACUCAGCAAAAAAAUAAUUGAAUGAGAUGAGAUUUUAGUGACAAUUCAGGAUGUUAUUAUUUUCAAUAUGCUGGGCUGAGUAGAGUUGCGCACAAGAGUGGUUUGUAAUAAGUGAUCAAUGCUGUUUUACUUCGUAUAGGAAAAUAGUACACAAUUAUAUAGCAGUAUAAAAAAAAUGUAUCCAUAUGUUUAAUCUUUGUCACAAUUGCCUUAAUUAUUAUUACCAUUUAUCUGUAACAAAUGAUAAGCUGACAAUUAUUUUAUCCUUCAAUGUAUGAAUAAUAUUUUUUAUUGGUAUAUGAUGAGAUAAAAUUAUGGUUUAUAAAUAAGAAGAUACAAAUCUCUAGAAAAUUAUCUUUUCACCAUUACUUUUAGUGUCUACUUAUCAUAAUUAGUCAUGGCUAGAGAUGUUUUCUAUUACCCUUAUUGCACUAAAUUGAAUUAUUGGUGAUAAUAACUGUCACAACUUGGCUGAUUCUAAAUAUAAUAAUAUAAUAUUUCACUCAUGGUCUAAUACUCAGUCAGACUAUGGUCAUGCGCUAUUACCUGAUGUUGAGAAAAAGAAAAAUAUCAUCGCAAUUACUAACAGUGCAAAAUAAUAUAAGAAUAGAAUCAUCGUAUAAUUAUGUGUGUAAAAAACGUGUUUAAAAAAUGACAAAUGUUUUACUA